AUGCAGCCAGCAGUAGCGCGUCUCUGGCAGACUGGCAAGCGGCUCGCAGGAACGUAUCGCGCUAUGACAACACGGGCACGUACAUACACUGCAGCUAUAGAUGCUUUGAACUCGCUUCAGUCAAAUGCAGCUACUAUUGAGGCUAUCCGCCGCAGCGGUAAAACAGUCAAUGAAUUCAACGAGCCAGAAAUGACAGAGUACUUAGAGCGCAUCGGACACCAGCGUAAGGAGCUCGACAAGAUCCAAGUUAUUCAUAUAUCUGGAACCAAAGGAAAGGGGUCCACAGCUGCCUUUUGUGAUGCGCUACUCCGACAGGUGGACUCGCCGCCGGGCAGUAAAGUUGGUCUGUAUACUUCGCCCCAUAUGGUAGCGGCGCGUGAACGUAUUCGCAUUAAUGGAGCUCCGAUUUCCGAAGAAGAGUUUGCCAAGUACUUUUGGGAGGUUUGGGAUGCUCUGGAGCAGAACCCAGAUCGGAAGCUGGAGACUACGCCUUUGCGACCAGUGUACUUCCGUUUCAUGACGAUCUUGGCCUUCCAUGUGUUCAUUUCGAUGCAAGUGUCCGUGACACUUCUGGAGGUAGGAAUCGGAGGCCUGUAUGACUCUACAAAUAUUGUGCAGCACCCAUGCGUGGCUGGCGUCACGCCUCUUGGUCUGGACCAUACGGCGAUUCUGGGACAUACGAUCGAGGAAAUUGCCUAUCAAAAAGCAGGCAUCUUCAAGAGAGGAGCUUCAGCGCUCACUACAGAGCAGCCUUCGGGGGCAUUGCAGGUCCUGGAAAAAUACGCGUCAGAUAUCGGCGCGUCGUCGUUCCGUGUGGUGCCGGUGAAAGACGAGCUCCAGGGCCAGUUGCUGGGAUUGCCGGGCGAUCACCAGUCUGUGAAUGCUAGUCUUGCUUUGGAGCUUGUCCGCGCAUUUCUGCAAUCACCGGCAGGCCAACAACAUUUCCCAAACGGAACAGCUCAGCUGGGAAAGCCGUUCGCGCCCGUCACAGACGCAGCGCGACAGGCCCUGAAGGACGCAUUUUGGCCGGGUCGCUGUCAAAAGGUUCCAGCAGUGAACACAGCAGGCGCAAACUACUACCUGGACGGUGCACACACUGUGGAGAGUGUGCGUCUGAGCGUCAAGUGGUUUGUGCGUGAGGUGGCUAGGCAUACCCAGCCAAAGAUACUGGCCUUUAACUGCACCAAUGGACGCUCGGCCAUGAGCCUCUUAGGGGCGAUGAAGAAUGAACUCGAGCAGGCAGGCGUCGACCCUCGCACGUUCUUUGAUCAAGUGUAUUUCUGCACCAAUAAUACUUACGCCGAUGGAGGUUCGGCGAGUGACCUCAAGUCAUUAUCGAUUGAUCCUGCGGAUCUAGAGAACAUGUCAGUGCAGCGAGAACUUCUCGAUGCAUGGUGUGUGUUGCAAGAAGUUGCACCAUCCUCCGACAACCCGAGCACGGCACACUUGAGCCCUCAAGUGAGUGCGCAUGUGGUGCCAAGUAUCGAGCACGUCAUUCGUGCAGUACGCCAGCGGAACUCAGACACGGGUAUUCCUGCAGAUGUAUUUGUGGCGGGAAGUCUGCACCUAGUCGGCGGCUUUAUGGCACACCUGCAGGCGCAGGGCCAGUUGGACGAGCGGCUGCGAAGCAUCCGGACCUAG